AUGGCACAAGAUAAGGAGGCCGUGAUGAUGCUCGAGUGGCCUCUCCCGACAGGCCCAGGUAGACGCGAAGUGCUCGCUUCUGAUUGGUCCUCGCUCCCCUCAAUCUUGGCACUCUCGCCAGUCCUAGUCAAGACCAGGGUCGAGCCAAUGGGCCAGGAGGUGCUGAGACUGGCGGCGCCGUCCAUUCUCAUCGUUCGGCCUAUCCGGCGCCGCGCUAGACGAGUGACAGAAGGUACGACCUCCUUCAGCACUCGAGGCGAAAUCUUGUCUGAGAUAACGCAAGACGGCCCAGCCCAGAAAGUUAGACUCGCCGUUCUCAAUACUUUACAAAAGACUUUUGGAGGAUAUAAGCAUCAAUAUGUUGUCUUAGAUUCCGUUCAUUAG